CAAGAUCAUGCGGUUCAUGAAUCGAUGUACAGCCUUCACAUUGGACAUGGCGUCCGUCAGUGACCGUCUUCCACCACACACAGACCACACGGACAUCUGCACACUGCACACCUGCCCUACCACCCAAUUAGCCCCCAUCCAUCCAUGUGUGUGCUGCGGUGUCUGUCCACUCCACCCACGGUCAUCAAUCCAUCACUCCGUCCUCAUGAAUGACCCGUACAAGGUGAACCAGAUGAUGACCGCAAUGAGAAGCGCAACGCAUAUGUAGAGCAGUAUCUCGAACAGCUGGUACAGCCUCCUCCCCAGCGGGUUGCCCUCGUUGAUGAACUCCUCAUACUCCUCCACGCUGGCCUUGCCGCCGUGCCACGCCGUGCGGUACUUGACCACCACGUGCUUCUUCAGGUCCGCCAUCACAGGGAGGAAUAUGUCGUUCUUCUUGCCCGCCAGAGACACCUGGAAGUCCUCCAUCGACGUGACGCCCACACACUUGACCUUGCCCGUCUUGAUCAUGGGACCCAGGAUGGCGGCCACAGCCACCAGCCCGGCAUUCCUCUCCUUCUUGCCGCCAUCCGCAGAGAAGAAGACCUUCUGCAGGUCGUCGAUGAAGACGAUCGGCCCUCGGUAGACCACACCGGGCAUGACGUGGUCUGUGGCGUCACGGAGGGUCUUGCGGAUCUCUUCGGUGAGCUUCAGUCGCAUGUGCAUCUCUGUGGAUGGGUCACGCUUCAUCAGCUGGAUCAACACAUCGAUGUCCGAUGCGAAGCGGUCCAGGUCGAAGAUGACCACCUGACGACCUGAACACACACACACAGGGAGAUGACUACACACACACAGAGGAGAAAUGCCCGGCUCUGCUAGGCUCUUGCUGCCUACCGUUGAGCUGUUUGUGAGUGGUGCCUGACACCACCCUCUGUGUGAUGCUCUCCAUGAUCAGUCGGGCCACAAAUGCCGACCUCUCGGCGACUUGCUUGGUGCCGGGCGGCGCUUGUGGAACCAGCAGCGGCACCCUCUUGCUGCACACACACAUCCACACACACAUCCACAUCCACGUCAGCCGUUCCCUCUUGCUGCCGCUGCAGUGUGUGUGUGUGUGUGUGUGUGCGUGUGUGUGUGUGUCCGUACGUCUUGCAGAGUGUGUUGACGACCUUCUGGACCUCCUCCUCCCUGCCCUUGAGCAGCCGUCGUUUGUGGUCCCACUCCUUCAUCUCGUCGCGGGUGAGGCAGGUGGGGUACCUCGCGAUGGCCCAGAUCGUGAUGUCCGUGCAGUAGUUCCAAAACGCCAAAGGCGACCGCUCCGGCGGCUCGGGGGCAGGAACCACCUGCACACACACGCACACAUACGGAGAUCAACAAGAGAGCAGGUGCGACGUGACUGCAAGAAGGCAUCACUGCAUGCCGUCUGCCUCUGUAUCUCACCUCCGUGCCGUCUUCUCCCCUGCUGAGCGCGUCAUCUCGACUCUUUGCGAGUGCAUCUUGCUUGAUGAUCUUCAAGCUCCUGCCAUCGCCCUGCACCAGACCGGCAUCUGCUGGAGAGUGCCUCAAGGAUGGCGGCAGAGGGCUCUCGGAAGGCUUCUUGCCUUGCGUCGUGGACGAGAAAGGCCGCACUGGGCUCAGAGUGAUGGCUGGCGGGCAGGGGAGGGGAAGAAUGAAGGCCGACCGAGUGCAGGCACGGACCAGAGGCAUCCGCAUCGCCAUUUUUG